CUCAGUUAAAACGUACAAAUAUUUUUGUGGAUGACGUUUAGUCGGUUUAGUCACUGGUGAAUGUAUAUUUGUUUUUAUCAUUCAAUGUAAUUACGCCAAAUUAUUUUAUUUAACAAUCGGGACACAAGAGCAAUUGUCACACAAUGGAGGAAAUAUUUCAUGAAAAGCAAGAGGGAUAUCUGUGUGGCCAACAUUGCUUGAAUUCACUUCUUCAAGGCCCUUAUUUCAAUGCUGUAGACCUCGGGUGUCUUGCUAGGCAGCUGGACGACGAGGAGGAAGCGAGAAUGGCUGAGGCGGGUAUAGACAGUGACGAUUAUAGAAGAUUCAGAGAACAACCUUCUGGCAAUGUGGACGACAGUGGAUAUUUUUCAGUUCAAGUGAUAAGCAGUGCCCUCAAAGUCUGGGGACUGGAGCUAGUACCCUACAACAGCAGAGAACCUAUAGCUAUCAUCGCACAGAAUGAUCCUACACAAAUGCAGGCGUAUAUAUGCAACUACAAGGGCCACUGGUUUACCAUCCGUAAAAUAGGAAAUCAGUGGUUCAAUCUCAACUCGAUAUUGAGUGGUCCUCAGCUUUUAUCGAACACCUACUUGGCAAUGUAUUUCGCACAGUUGUUGCAAGAGGGAUAUUCAAUAUUCAUCGUCAUUGGAGAAUUGCCAGAAUGUACAGCUGACGAGAUACUGCUGACGAAUCCAGUAAAAAUGAUCCCGAAAUCCGGAAAAUCCGAUGUAGAGGAGGUUAAAGGGUUUGAGUCGAAGGGUCAUAGGUUGGGAACAAUGGAAGACGAGGAGGCGAAAAUACGAGAGGCUGUGGCAGGGCUGGAGGCAGUCAGAGUGCCAUCGAGUUCGAGUUCAAGUGCAGUUGGUGGCGCAGUUAAACAAUCAGACAAGCCACGAGAGAGGAUAAUACCGAUUGAGAUUGAGGGAGAUGACAAGGAUGAUAAUGACGAUGAAGAUCUGCAGCGAGCACUGCAACUCAGUCUUCAGGAUGUUGAUGAGACACCAGACAAACCCCUCAAACUACGACUCAAUCUAGAUUUAAACAAACCCGAGAGGUUCUACGAUACGAUAGGGGAGUCUGACGAUGAUGAUGAGUUGAGGAGGGCUCUUCAGUUGAGCCUCGAGUGCGUCACAGCCCCACCUACACCAGACCCUGAGGAUGUACGCUGGAAACGUCUGAGAUAUCUGGGACUUCAUCAGCCCAACAGCGAGCCCUCAACUCAGUUGAAUACUUAACAGUGAAAUGAUAGCUGGUGGUUAAAUUUGUUUCUCUUGAAUUUUAUUCUUUUUGUAUCCCAUUCUUGAAUCGACCUUUGAAAAGGACUGCCGUGAUUGUCUUUGAUUCCAAUGGAAUUGUAGAAAAGAUUAUGAAUAUUUUUUUGAUUGAAAUCUAUAAUCGUGUGUUUGGAAAUAAAUUUAUAUAUUCAUUUUAAUGAUUAAUAA